AUGAUGGGAGGAAAAGUUGUAGUUUCAGUAGUAUCCCUGAUUCUCGUCGUCGGAGUGAUCAUCGGUGCGGUAGCGGUUGUAAAACAUGGAGAAGAUUCCAAGAAUAACAACGUCGCCGGCUCCUCAAUGAAAUCCGUCACCACCUUCUGCGAGUCCACCAACUUCAAAGAUGCCUGUGCCAAGAGCGUUGAGUCCGUCGCCAACAAUGCAACCGCAUCCCCCAAGGACUACCUCAUGGCUGCCCUCAACGCUACCAUCCAAGAGGUCCAGAAGGCCUUGCAGGUCGCCAACGCCACCGGCUCAAAAGUCGACCCCAAGCAAGAUCCUUACAAUCACGUGGCCGCCCAAGACUGCCAAGAGCUGCUAGGCUACGCCGUCGACGAGCUCCAAGCUGCUUUCUCCACCGUUGGGGACAGCGAACUCCACACCCUCAACGAUCGGGUGGACGAGUUGCUCAACUGGUUGAGCGCCGUCUAUAGCUACCAAUCCGAUUGCCUCGACGAAUUCGAUAAGCCGGAGCUAAGAAGCGCCUUCCAGAACGGCAUGCUUAACGCCACUCAGCUCACCGACAAUGCCGUCAGCAUCGUCGCCAGCUUGUCCGACCUUCUCAAGGGUUUCAACAUCAGCCUCGGCAACAUCCUGCCCCCGGCUGGAGGCCGCCGUCUCCUCCAGAACAAUGACGUCAUGGGCCACGAGGAGAGUUUCCCACAAUGGUUUCCCGCCGGAGAUCGCAGGCUCUUGGCAGCGCACCGUCGCGGCGGAGUUCUGCCCAAUGCCGUGGUCGCCAAGGACGGAAGCGGACAAUUCAAGACCAUCUCCCAGGCCCUGGCAGCCUACCCGGCCAACUUGCAAGGCAGGUACGUCAUCUACGUCAAGGCCGGGAUCUACGAGGAGAACGUCAUCGUGGACAAGAAGCAGGCCAACGUGUUUAUCUACGGAGAUGGGGCAAAUAGGACCAUCGUGACGGGAAGAAAGAACUUUGGGAUCAUGCACAUCCAGACCUCCAACACCGCCACCUUUUCUGCCCUUGGGGACAGAUUCAUGGCCCGAGGGAUGACGUUCAGGAACACGGCGGGACCCGAGGGACAUCAGGCCGUGGCUCUCCGAAUCAUGGGAGACUUGGCGGCAGUGUUCGACUGCAAGAUGGAGGGAUUCCAAGACACGCUCUACUACCAGACGCACAGGCAGUUCUACCGCAACUGCGUCAUAUCGGGGACAGUCGACUUCAUCUUCGGAAAAGGUUCGGCGGUGAUCCAGAACAGCGUGAUCAUCGUGAGAAAAGGGUUGCCGAACCAGUACAACACAGUGACGGCGGACGGGAAAGAGCUGGAGAAGGACAGGACGGGACUGGUGCUGCAGAACUGCCAAAUAGUGGCAGAAGAUGCGCUGUUCCCGGUGAGGUUCCAGGUUGCCAAUUACUUGGGACGACCCUGGAAGAAAUUCGCAAAGACGGUGAUCAUGCAGACGGAGAUCGGGGAUCUGAUCCGUCCACAAGGGUACAUUGAGUGGCAGGGGGAGACUUUUGAGAAAACCAGCGAAUAUCUGGAGUUCGCGAAUCGGGGGCCGGGAGCAGUGGCACCCAGGAACAAGAAUUUCACCCGCAGCCGCUUCAUUGAAGGACGGGAGGCUUCUCUGUACACGGUUGAUAGUUUCAUUCAAGGCCAUCGCUGGUUAAGAGCCGCCGGUCUACCUUUCACCCCCGGUUUGUGA